UAUAGCCACAUCGUCUACAGUUUACAGUUGUAGGCGUUACACAUCUGGAUGAGGGAGGACCGUGUUUCUCUCUUCUCUCCUUGUCUCUGAAGGACUUCAGCUCACAGCACUGACCAACCACGUCCACACGUCAGAGCGCGUUGACAAAAUAGUCAGAGAGAACGAAGAAAGUAACUUGUGAGGACAAAGGAUAGUGGAAUUAUGAAGCACUGAGAUUGGCACUGAGAUUGAAAAACGUCUGGAGUUUCUAAAUACAUUUUUAGGACCUUUAUGAUUUAUUGGAGAUUUUUGUUGCCAGAACGGAUUUCUUCUUGCAAGUUUGACAUGAAAGCAAUUUAAAGUGACAUACUGUUUUAGUUUUUUUAAUAUCAAACAGAAGGAUUGUAAAGUCAUAUACGAAGCCUGUCUUUAUCCAUCCGAUGCUGAGACUAUAUCUACGUGGAUAAGCAACAGAAAUCCCGCUGUGAAGCUUUGUAUCUAUUUUGUAUGGUAACGCGCACAAAGAGGAAUGUUACCCCGGCUAGAAAAGGUGCUCCAUCUCCUGACGUUGGCCUGCGGGCUGUUCUAUGGGGUCGUAUCAGCCGAAAACGAAAUAAAACCAGAGGCUUGGCUUCAGCAGUAUGGCUACCUCCCUCCAGGUGAUGUCCGAGCCCAGGCCAUCCGUUCUCCCAAGUCCAUCAUCACUGCCAUCACAGCCAUGCAGAGGUUCUAUGGCCUUGCCGUUACUGGUUCCAUCGACGCCAACACUCUACAGGCGAUGAAGCGGCCGCGUUGUGGUGUUCCCGACAAGUUUGGCUCUGAGCUGAAGAGCAACCUGAGAAGAAAGAGAUAUGCCGUACAGGGCCUGAAGUGGGACAAACAGGAAGUCACCUUCAGCAUACAGAACUACACUCCUAAAGUCGGGGAGCAAGCCACGUAUGAAGCUAUCCGCCGGGCCUUUAAAGUGUGGGAGGCAGCCAUCCCUCUCCGAUUCCGUGAGAUCCCUUACAGCCACAUCCGGGACAGGGUCGACAAAUACGCAGACAUCAUGCUCUCCUUCGCCGAGGGCUUCCACGGUGACAGCACGCCAUUCGACGGCGAAGGCGGCUUCCUGGCCCACGCGUACUUCCCCGGGAGUGGGAUAGGCGGGGACACGCACUUCGACAACGCUGAACCCUGGACAACCGGCUACGUCGACCAGGGGGGUAAUGAUCUGUUCCUGGUUGCGGUCCAUGAACUGGGUCAUGCCCUGGGUCUGGAACACUCCAACGACCCGUCUGCCAUCAUGGCUCCAUUCUACCAGUGGAUGGACACAGAGAACUUCCAGUUGCCUAGUGACGAUCGCCAAGGCAUCCAGGCAAUCUAUGGAUCGUCCGGAGUGCCGCCCCCUCCCCCCCGGCCCACCAGACCCCCUAAGCCAGAACCCCCUGGACACGGACCAGACAUCUGCGAGGGACACUUCGACACCAUCGCCGUCCUCAGGGGAGAGAUGUUUGUUUUUAAGGACAAGUGGCUGUGGCGCGUACGGAACAACAAGGUGCUCCCAGGUUACCCGAUGACCAUCGGUCACUUCUGGAAGGGCCUGCCGUCAAACAUCAACGCCGCCUACGAGAAUAUCGACGGCAAAUUUGUCUUCUUCAAGGGCGACAAUUACUGGGUGUUCACUGAGUCCAGUAUGGAGCAGGGCUAUCCUAAGACUCUGAAGGAGCUGGGUACCGGGCUGCCCAGAGACAAGCUGGACGCAGCCCUCUUUUAUACUCCCACUGGUCAGACCUACUAUUUCAGAGGAAACAAAUAUUACCGUUUCAAUGAGAAGUCCCAGACUGUGGACAGGGACUACCCCAAACCCAUCAACACAUGGAAAGGUGUCCCAGACAACAUCAAGGCUGCCAUCAUGAGUGAAGAAGGAUCUUACACCUACUUCUACAAAGCCAACAAGUUCUGGAAAUUCAACAACCAGCACAUGAAAGUGGAGUCGGGCUACCCCAAGUCUGUGCUCAACGAAUGGAUGGGCUGCGCAGGGGAGGAGCCUAAGAAGGGGGAGGGGGAGGAGGAAGUAAUCGUCAUUGAGGUGGAGGGGGGAGAAGGCGGAGCCACGGCAGCGGCCGUGGUGAUCCCUCUCCUCCUAUUGGUCUGCGUCGUCCUCACUCUGGGAGCCCUGCUGUUCUUCAGGAAGUACGGGACACCCCGACGCCUCCUCUACUGCCAGAGAUCACUACUGGACAAGGUUUAGAGGCAGACUGCCUCAACAAAUGAAGGAAAGACGCAGAGGGACUGAGGGAGAGGGACUGAAUUGACAGGUCGAAAGAAAGAGGCAUUUGGGGAGGAGAAAUAAAUAGUGAGAACGCGGAGGAGGUGAAGAGAGGGGAUGCGUUUGCUUGAGAGAAGGGGCAGAGGGAGGGAGUUUGUGGGUCUGACGUCGGGGGUUGGUAGAUGUUUAAGGAGUGAGGGAGGGGGGAGGGAGACGGAGAGAGGCAAAUUUGUAUUUGUAUGUAAUCUAUUUCCAUGUACCUCUCAGCGGUUGUGAAAUGAAGAACAGGCCCCCAAAACAAAACAGAGACUGGGACGCUCAGAGAUGAUGAUGAUGAUGAUGAUCAACAUUCCAUGUUGCUAACAACCCGUCAACAUGGUCAUGUCUUCAUCAUCUCUCCCUCCCCUCUUAUCUUUUACUCCUCUUCCCUCCUUCCCUGUCCACCUCUCCUCCCGCCUGGGGACCUGACGACUCGAGCUGCACAGCUGUCUGGAUUCUUUUUCACAUUUGAUUUUCAUGGUUUUCUGCUCUGAUUCAUUCAGGCCAUUCAGGCUGGUAUUGCAAAAGGCAUGUCAUACUGUAGGCGCAACCUUUGCCCUAUAACAGGUUUAAGAGGGUACCUGUUAUGGGGGUCUACAUAGUUCACUCCUUUUGCUUGGGUCAGUGAGAAAGCCUAAAGGGCAACCUUUGACCUUUCUAGUACCCUAAAUAAAAAGGAGCUCUCCCUCACAGUUGAAUCUCUGUUCUAAACAAAUCUCACAAAACUCAGGCCCUCGGGAAGCAGUCGGAGUUGGAUGGUGUAAAAGAUUGGGAAACGCAAUAAACCCAGCGCCUUGAUAACUUUGCCAAAUUCAAUGUUACUAUGGUACAGCAGCAACACUUGGUUACAUGGUACCCAUUCCAGAUAUUAAUGCCUAAUUGUGUUUUUUUUUUUCUGUUUUUAUCAUGGUUACCCGUUGUAGUUGUUUUUAUUAUGACUAUGAUUGUCAUUAUUGUUGUUCUCCAGAAGUCGUUCGGUAAAUAUUAACUUUUUUUUUCUUUCUACAUUGUCAUAUCGAGUCCUGCUGGACAGAGGCAAUAACGUGACAAUGAUCAUCAAAAUGGUUCCCGUUUUCCCAUUCAACUAGUCACUCAGACAUUACAGAGAGGGUACUAUUUAAAGAAUUUCAAAGUGUUUCCUUUUUUGAAACACAGUUAUUUUCCACUUGAUUGGUUGACAAUCAAACAAAACUAUUUAUAGGCAUUUCUGAUAGUGCUUUAAGAUUUCUUUUGUAUUACACAGACCGAGAAUUGUUUAGGUAAUAACAAUAAUGGGAAUGAUAUUUAUAAUGAUAAUGUAUCAAUAAAAAGGGAUGUUUUUGCCUGUUGGUCACCUUUUUGUAUUUCGUAAAAUUAAAUAAACAUAUUUUCUAAA